CGACCUGACAUCAGCACUUUCUGCAGCUCAGCGUUCGUUUAAAGAUUUUGUUCUUUUAUCGACUGAAAUUGAAGGUUUUCGUUGAACAGAUGAACCUCUGAGACAAAAGGUUGCCAGGAUGCAGCUUCCUAGGUGGUUGCUAGGGGUGUGUCUGUGGUUGCUAUGCAUUACGGAGGUCUGGACAGCAACCUUUAAGCUGGCUCUGAUUGGUCCGUGGUCAUGUGACCCCAUGUUCUCCCGGGCAAUGCCGGCGGCAGCAGCCAACCUGGCGUUGUCACGGUUACGGAGCGACAGCGGUCUGAGCAGAGGAUACUGGUACGAUGUCAAACUGUUGGACGAGGACUGCUCUGCCUCCAAAGCUCUGACAGAACUUGGGGACAUGGAGGGUUAUGGCCACGCCUACAUUGGACCCUUUAGCCCCGCCCUCUGCCACGCUGCCUCCUUAUUGGCUCAACACUGGGAGGCUGGGCUUGCCUCUCCAGGCUGCCUGGAUGCUGAUUGGCCGAACCUGCCGCCCAUUACUCCACCCAGCAGAGUCCUGUUCACUGUCCUCAGGUUCUUCCGCUGGGCGCAUGUUGCUGUCAUCUCAGCUCCAUCCGACCUAUGGGACAGCACCGGACAGGAAGUCGCCUUGGCGCUCAGAGCUUUGGGCCUGCCGAUCGGUCCGGUGGUUACCAUGGAAACAAACAACAGGGGCGGACCUCGGGAUGCGCUCAGAGUGAUCAGAGAGGCUGACAAGGUCAAAGUGGUGAUCAUGUGCAUGAGCUCCGUCUUGAUUGGUGGAGAGGAUCAGAGAGAGCUCCUAUUGGCUGCUCUGGACAUGGGGAUGGUUUCCGACGGUUACGUGUUUAUUCCGUAUGAUGCCCUGCUGUACGCCAUGCCGUACCAGGACACAGUGUUCCCUCAGCUGACCAAUAGCACGCAGCUUCGUCACGCCUACAGCUCCGUUCUGACCGUUACCAUGGCGUCCGACCAGAGUUUCUACAAAGCUUUUCGUCAGGCUCAAAUCAACCGAGAGAUCCGGUCUGCUGUAGCCGCUACUGAGGUGUCUCCGGUGUUUGGGACCAUCUUUAACAUGGUGUACUUCGUUGCUAAGGCGGUGGAGGAGCGUCGUCAGGCAGGGGGCGGGCACUGGGUGACGGGCAAUCAGCUCGUCCAAUCAGAUGGAGGCUUUGAUUUCCAGGGCUUCAAUCAGGUGUUGUAUGGAGGUAAAGAGGGGCGUGGCCAGCAGGCCAGGUACGUGGUGUUGGACAGCGAUGGCGACCGACUCGUGCCGACACACUCGCUCGCUCCGACACACACCGACGGGACAGUCGGAGGUCUGAGGCCGCUGAGCCGCUCCUUCAUCUUCCCCGGAGGAAAACCCCCCACCGCCAGCUUCUGUUGGUUCAGUCCAGAGGAGGCCUGCAGCGGGGGUUUGGAUGCGGUGACGAUGUUCCUUGUCUUCCUGUUGCUCUGCGCUCUAAUUGGAGCUUUGUUCUUCUGGAUCAGGAAGUACAACAGAGCAGCGACCAUCAGCAAACUCAUCCUGACUCUGGACGACAUCAUCUUCAUUGAUACUCAAGUCAGCAGGAAGAAACUGAACGACGAGUCAAUCAUGAGGAGUCUCCUGGAAAUUAAAACUCCGUUCCGCUCGAUUGCUCGAAGUUACAUCCUGACGACACCUGAGAGCUCCAACAUAGGAAUACUGGAGGGCGACUGGGUUUGGCUGAAGAAGAUUCCUGUUGGAACGACGAUAACAGCUGUCAAUCAAAACACCCAGAGUCUGUUCAGCCAGUUGAGGGAGAUGCGACAUGAGAACCUGAACCUGUACGUGGGCCUGUUUCUGGACUCUGGGAUCUUUGCUCUGGUGGUUGAACACUGUCCUCGAGGAAGUCUGGCAGACCUGCUGGCCGACAGCAACAUGAGGCUGGACUGGAUGUUCAAGUCCUCCCUGCUCAUGGACCUGAUCAAGGGGAUGAAGUACCUUCAUCUUCGAGGUCUGACUCACGGCCGUCUGAAGUCCACAAACUGUUUAGUCGAUGGACGCUUCGUUCUGAAAGUCACAGACUAUGGACUUCCCAUGAUCCUUCACUCUCAGAGCCUCAGCCCUCCUGAGGACCCGCAAGAGCUGCUGUGGACGGCUCCGGAGCUCUUGAGGAAUCCGGUCCGAGGAGGCUCAUUUGCUGGAGACAUCUUCAGUUUCUCCAUCAUCAUACAGGAAGUGAUCUCACGAACGCUGCCGUACGCCAUGAUGGACAUGCCCGCCCAUGAGAUAGUGGAGCGUCUGAAGCAGCCUCCUCCUCUCUGCAGACCACUUGUUUCGGUGGAUGAAGCUCCUGCUGACUGUCUAAAUCUGAUGAACGAAUGUUGGAACGAAGAUCCCAGUAAGAGGCCGAGCUUCGAUGACAUUUUCAAACAGUUUCGGGGCAUUAACAGAGGGAAGAGGGCAAACAUCAUCGACUCCAUGUUGCGGAUGUUGGAGCAGUACAGUUCGAACCUGGAGGAUCUGAUCAGAGAGCGAACAGACGAACUGGAGGUUGAGAGAAACAAGACGGAGAAGCUGGUCGGACAGCUCCUGCCAAAAUCAGUGGCUCAGGCUCUAAAGAAAGGGAAGCCGGUCCGACCCGAACAUUAUUCAGACUGCACUCUUUACUUCAGUGAUAUUGUUGGAUUUACAACCAUCUCAGCUCUCAGUGAACCCAUCGAGGUGGUCGACCUGCUGAAUGACCUCUACACCAUGUUUGAUGCCAUCAUUGCUACUCAUGAUGUUUACAAGGUAGAAACUAUCGGAGAUGCUUACAUGGUGGCUUCAGGUAUUCCCAACAGAAAUGGGAAUCGACACGCAGCUGAAGUGGCCAACAUGUCUCUGGACAUCCUGCACUCGAUAGCAGCUUUUAAGAUCAAACACAUGCCUGAGAUUAAAGUCAAAAUACGCAUUGGACUGCAUUCAGGUCCAGUGGUAGCAGGUGUGGUUGGUCUCACGAUGCCCAGGUAUUGUCUGUUUGGAGACACAGUGACCACAGCCUCACACAUGGAAGCCAGUGGACUGCCCUACAGGAUCCACAUAAGUCUGAGUACAGUGAAGGUCCUGACCAGUCUCAAACUGGGAUACCACAUAGACACCAGAAAGGCACAGGUGAAGGGCACGGUGGACACGUACUGGCUGAUGGGUCGAGAUGGUUUCGAUAAACCUCUUCCUGUUCCUCCAGACCUCACUGGAGGGGCCAGUAAUCAUGGUAUCAGUCUGGAUGAGAUUCCAGUUGAAAGAAGACAAAAGUUUCUGGACCGACAGAAGAAGAUAAAGAAAUGAUGCCAACACACACACACACACACACACUUAUACACAGUCACACACACAUACAUACCCCUAACCCAUUUUUAUUAACUAAGACACACACAUAAAUUAACGCACAGAUACAUAUAAAUAAACACACAAACCCUUAUACAUUAAAAUACAUAUAUAAACACACACAUACACACACUACCUCGAGGACUGGACUGUGGUUUAAAGGACAUUUUAUCAGCUAGUCAGCGGCUGAUAGCUCCUUCAAACUUCGCUACAUUUUUGUUUUAAAUUGUUAUUUUUUCGGCUUUAUUGCUGAAACAUCAUUGAAUGAUGUCCGAUUGGAUUUGAUUCAAAGGGCUAAGCCAAAAUUGUUCAAAUAGACUGGAUCAGGUGAUUUUGACUAUGGCGACGGCUGCAUAUGCUGCGGCCUGUAGGCUAGCUCCUUCAAACUCCGCUCCAUUUUUGUUAUCUUAUUUUUUCGCACUUAUUACCUAUUCAUCAGAAUGGGAAGUCGGGGUUUGGAUUAAAGAGCAGCGGACGCUGAGAUGAUCCACCCAGCCAGAUCAACCGGACCAGACACCACGGGGGGUGCUGUGUGAGGAAGAGUUGGGAGGAGAGGAAGAGUCGGGAUAGGAGCCAAGCUGGCCCAGCUUGGAUUUAAGGCUGAUUCUGGCAAAUGUCUAGUCCGGACGAAAUGGGACUCAGGCUGGCCAAGCAACAGGAAUCAGAGACUAUUGUGCCCACAUCUUUACAGAGACCAGCUCCACCAACAUCCCGGAUCAAGCACUCGACCGGUGGACCGUGUUUUCCGAGCUGAAGGAUCGCAAGACUCUGGCGGGAUGAGAAGAGGCGGACUCUUUGUUUAUAUCAAUGAUGCUUGGUGCUCAAGCGCAGUCAAAGUGGAUGGACACUGUUUCCAGAUGUCGAACAUUUUAUGUGAAGAUAAUGACCAUAUUAUUAUCAUCACUAUCUUGCACUGAAUUAUUUCCUGGGUGUAUACUGUAUG